GUCUCACGAUGCUGACCCUGUCUCUGUCGUUGCAAGUGGAGGAUCAUGGUGCCACAGUACGCAUUGGAGACUGUGCAUUAUACUGAUCAGCCACAAGGGGACAACUCGUCGAGUCAUCCCCAAAUUGAAAUUGCUUGCGCCAAUUGCGCCGCGACAAAGACCAGAUGUGACCGGCAGUAUCCUUGCGGUCGAUGCCGCAUGAAACGCUUGAGCUGUAUCUCGCGGCAGCCGCGAAGGAAGAGAACUCUCAGAGCAAAGUCUGCCCGUCACGCGCAGCCCUCGGUCGAUGGUCAUGCAGAACACGCCCAGAUCGAAGGAAGGUUCACACCUGAAGGAUGUGUUGGAGACCAGGACUUCUACGGCUCAUCUCAGCAUUUGAAUCCGGAUCCGCACUUGGGCCUGAUCUUUGCAGAGCAUUCCAGCCCAGGCCUCUCGGGACAUCUCAAUGACAGUCAAAGAUUGAUUGCCGCUGAUCGGCAACUUGGGCAACCCAGCCACCACAUAGCCAAUUCUGCAGAUCGUGCGUUGCGUCAAGGGAUUGAAGCUGACACUUUCCAAACUCCGGGGCUUCGCCUUGAAGAUCUGGAACCCCCUACAUUCAAUCCUACGCAAUCAUCUGGUUUGCUGGAACCGGUUGCAAGGGCCGAACCUGCCGCAGAAUUUGGGCUUGUUCAGCAAUCACCGGAGAACCACAACGGCCUUGCACGCAACGAGAAUUCCUCCGGUUACCCAGGCCGAGGCGAUCUCGAGCACAUUUACGAAGAAGAUAAGACUGCUUUGGUCCCAGAUUGGGAUCAUUGGGCCAUAUGCCGAUGUCUUCCUCCACCUACAGCUGAUCCUGAAGAUAGGAAGAAGUCGUCGAUCAUGACGCUUGAGCAGAACUUCGCACGCCCAGGACCUUGGACAAUCCUCACAGGAAACCGGAGAGGUGAGCAGUUUGCACCCGCUGAACGGUUUGUGAAUGUAGAGCUGUCCGAAGCUACUCGAGAAUGGCUCUUGAUGAUCGCACAACGCUUCAUGCGUGUUGCCAUGGAUGUCCAUGGCCUGAGCAUUGAUCCUCCAUCCCCAGCACCGCCCGAGGUGGAUGAGUUCAAUGCUCUUGGAGGUUUCAUACGACUACCACCGUCCGAAGCUCUUCAUGAAUACCUCGAGACGGUGUUGACAAUUUACGAACCGUUCUAUCCUCUCGUUCCAGCACGAAUUCUGGAACCCAAUCAACUGGCCGGGCCUCAACAUGGUCGGGGUUCCAAUCUCUUGCUAUUCCUGAUGUUCGCUUUCGGAUCGAUGCUGGAUCCUGCUGUCAAAGCUCGGCGUUUUUCCACGGCUCUGACCGAAAUCUGCAGGCACUCAAUCCACGACGUGCUUGAAAAGGAUUCAGGUGCACCUGGAAGUGGCCUUCUAUUCUAUUGCUCAUUGAUUUUCAUCAUUAAAAGCUCAUUCAGUGGUGACAAAGCGCACAUGAAUAUUGCCGUGGCUCAUAGACACAUGUACCUGACGCUAAUGAGGUCGGUUGGACAUUUCAAGAAACCACAUCGCCAGUUGCAGCCACUAAGUUCUGAGAAGGAAGGCCUCAAAAAGUUUUGGCAGUCCUGGCUUGAAAAAGAGAGCGCUUCGAGACUUGCAUAUGGCUGGGUCAUGCUGGAAACGGAGAUCAGCCUGUUCUACGAUUGUCGCCCGAUUUUGAAUACCUCAGAACUCGAAGCACCAUUACCAUGCAGCGAAAGCUUAUGGCUCGCAUCUCAUUCUGAGGAAUGGCGUGAAAACUUGUGCAAAGAGGGCUCAUUUGAUGAUUGGCAGGUCUGUUUGGAUGCACAGCCUGACCACUCGCUCCGUAGCCUAUUCCAACUCUUGAUGGACAACGAACUGGACCAAUUGGACUUCCAGCCGACAAUUUUACACAUGAGGCUGUUGCUGUAUCCUCUCCACGUUCUUGUGGCGGAACUGGGCCAGCUGUUGGAUAGUGGCUUAGUAUCAAUGCAGUCUCGAUGGUUCUCCAGUUCCACCAUGCAAAGUUCGUCGGUCCUCCGUCAUGAAGAGAUACGACUUCUCCUGCAAACAUGGCGUGAUGUCUUCGAUCGAUCGACUGGACAGGGCGCCCGGUUUCGGGCGAUGAGAAAUGCCACCUUGACACUCUUUCAUCUCAUAAGCCUCAACCUAUUUACCGCGUUCAGCAAACUGGAACGUCUCGCUCGGGAUAGUUUUGAAAUGCUCGAAUCUCAGUCACAGGCAGGCUUAGUUUCAAAUUGGAUUCGUGCUCCUGAGCACGCCAUCUUGCAUUGUGGUCAAGUCUUUCGGCUAUCCAGAGAGAUGGAUCAGGGAAUAUGCCCCAUAUGGAGUGCCGCAGCCAUAUAUCGCGCUACUCUGAUAUUAUGGUCAAUAAGCAUUAUCAAUGCUCUUUCCGCGCUUGGACACGAGACGAUCGAUCUCCAGCGGAACACGGGAAGGGAGCUCGUGAUUGAUCAAGUGGCGCUUCAAGAUGAUGAUGCUCAACGUUAUCUUCGACGUGGCGACGCCAAGCCUGUGCUGACUACUGAAGACGGGCGUCGGGUUUCGCUGCGCAAUCCUGGCGAAUUGUUGCAAUUGGGGAUUACUACAGUGACUCGUCAUUGUUUGGCAACAUCUUUCUCUGCAGGGAUUAGGUACAAGCUGGAGGAGAUGGCCAAGAUUUGGGAACCGAAACAUCGGUCUAUUCCCGACCAAGGAUAGCUACAGGAGCAGGAUAGAUAAAGGAUCAAGACAAUCA